AUGGUGAAAAAGUUGGAUGCCAGUGAUCUAUAUGGAGGGGCACCUAUGUGUGUUACUACGAAUUUUAUACGAUCCCAUUUCUACUUUCUGUCAUUACACAUCAUCACCAUUAAAGCGUCCUUUCAUAAUCCCUGCUUUGGUGUCGUUUCAGAAUCGUGGGCCGCAGAGCGCGCAGUGUGCCGCCCUCCUGAGCCCCUAGACUGGGGGUUGGCGCCCCCCCACUGCAUCACCCCCGCCACGCUCCACAACCUCCUGACGGAUGGCUUCUACGCGCCCUACGCCGCCAACCCGCGCUAUCUCCUAGUGGCGGACUGCCGCGCCCCCCGCGCCUUCACGCGGCGGCGUCUGGCGACGGCGCGCUGGCACGGUGCGCUGCACACGGCGCCGCCCCCGAACCUCGUCAACACCAUCGUCUUGUACGACGACCGGCCGCGCUCGGGGCCCCCCGCGCCCGGCGACACGGACCCCCUCGCCACCAUCUACCACGACCUGCGCCGUCAGAAGCUCGACCCGCUGGUUCUGCUCGGCGGCUGGUCGGUGCUGGAGGCCACGUGCCCGCACCUCCUGGAGGGCGGAGACGACCCCCCCACCCCUGACCCCAUGCCCUGGUACCCGGCGCAGAUCCUGCCUGGCCUGCUGUACCUGGGCCACGCGGAGAUGGCCACCGACCCGAGGGUGCUCUCGUCGCUGCGGGUGACGCACGUGGUGGACGUGACGGAGAGCCUGCCCCCGCGGGUGCUGCCCUCCAUGAACUACCUGGUGGUCCCGGUGCCCGAGGAGGAGGAGGAGCCCGAGCAGAGGACGCCCUCGUCCAACGGCAAGGACAAGGGAACCAACCACAACAACAAUAACAACAACAACAAGCGGAGUAGCAGCAACAACGGCACCGACCUCAUCACGUCCCUUCCGACCAUCCUGGCCUUCGUCGGCGAGGCGCGCACGUACGGCGGCUGCGUGCUCGUCCACUGCGACCAGGGCCUGACCCGCGCCGCCGCCGUCGUCAUGGGCAUCCUCAUGUCGGAGCGGCGCUGCACCCUCGAGGACGCCUUCUACUACGUGAAGGGCGCGCGGUCGGCCGUCCACCCGCAUCCGGGCCUCCUGCACCAGCUCGCCAAGCACGAGACCGUCCUGUUCGGCGCGUCUCUCACGCAGGUGGAGGAGCUCUUCUGACCUGCGCCCUCCCGCACCCGCAGAGCCCUCGGGCG